CUGAAUUUUGUUUCUGUUUUUUUUUCUUCCGUCGCCCCGUUUGAUUCACUCAGCUGAGGCCAGUCUACGCUAUUGGCAACAGCAAUACUUGAAUGUGCUGAGGACUCAUUUGAUUAGUCGCCUUGCUUCCGUCUGUUUCUUUUUGACCCAUACUUCCAUAUGCUGACUUUUACAUCUCUAACUAAUCCAGAGCAGCCUUUUCGGGCUGACCUAGCGGAUAUCAGAGUGGUGAUGAUGGAGAGGAACAGGGAUGACAGUGAGCAGUCCUCCUGUAGCACCUUCGAGUACCAUGAUCUGGAGGCCGCCGAGGCACUCGUCAGCAUGAGCUCCUGGGGUCAAAGGUUACACAAACCACGCCCGCUGACCCCUACCUCGGACUCGUGUGACUCCCUCCUUCAGCACAGCGAGAUCAAUGACUCUCCCAAGGACCUAAUCUCACUCUCAUCGUUGUGCAUGACUCCUCCUCACAGUCCCAGCUUUGCUGAGACCUCCACAACCACGGCUGUCCUAACUUCAACUUCCACCAUGGCCAGCUCAGUCCCCAGACCAGUCCUCACCCGGCCCAGACUCUGUGUAGGUCUGACCCACCAGAAUACUCCUCACCUAGGCCCACAACUUGUCACCGCCACAAUCUUUGAAGGCUCAGACUCUCAGUCACCAACAGAGCUGUCCACCGCUCUUGCAGGUAGAGCCAUGGCAACCAGCGUGAUCAGGCACACGGCGGACAGGUCCCUCAGUCACAACAUUCCUCUUGGUUCCUGUGGCCCACAGACAGACACCUCCUCCUCACCUCAGACCAGCGUGUGUGCCACAGCUCAUGUUCCUGAAGCCUGCCUAGUGCAGACUAAACCACAGAGCUACACUGGCUCAUGUAUUUUAGAAGACAAGAAUGGAGGCCCAUCCUCUGUUGACGGUGCAGGCCCAUACACUCCUACCCUGGCCUCUCCAUCCCAGUCCGCCCCCGCAUCCUCGUCUCCCAUCUCCAGCUCGCCAGUACUGUGCCAGGUGUUUCCAGUAAAUGGGCGGACAGGGAUGAUCUCUGCGUUUGUCCAGGCCCCUGUCCAGAUGCAGACCCAGGGUCAGAAUCCGAUAUUACCCCAGACGUCCACCUCCUUCCCACAGCCACUUCUGGUUGGCUCCCAGGUGAAUCAGGGGACUGUGAUGUUUGUAGUGCCGCAGCCCCCAGUGUCCCAGGCCCAUUCAUGCCCACAGACUGUGGUGACCCUGGGCAACACCAAGCUCCUUCCUUUGGCUCCAGCUCCAGUUUACAUGUCCUCAGGCCAGAGCAGCAGUGCCUGUCAGGCUGACUUCUCUCGCAGACGAAACUACGUCUGCAACUUCCCAGGCUGCAAAAAGACCUACUUCAAAAGUUCCCACCUCAAAGCUCAUCUCAGAACUCACACAGGUGAAAAACCCUUCAGCUGCCAUUGGGAGGGCUGCGACAAGAAGUUUGCGCGUUCUGAUGAACUCUCCCGCCAUCGGCGAACACACACAGGUGAAAAGAAGUUUGUGUGUAAUGUGUGUGAUAGGCGUUUUAUGCGCAGUGAUCACUUGACCAAACACGCUCGUCGUCACAUGACCACAAAGCGGGCCUCCGCUUGGCCAGCUGACGUCCGCGACCUCAACAAAAUGGCUCUGUCAAAGGGUCAGCUGACCAGCUCCAAUCUUCCUCUCAGUGUGCUAGUGUCUGCCUCCAAUUAGCCCAAUGUACUGUCCACCAUCACACACCACCUCAGGAGUAUGUCUCACCAACCCCACAAUGGAGAAAUGAAACAAACCAGAAAGGCUGCUACUCAUUCAUGGACAACAACAAAAAUAUUUCACUGACCUUGCACUGGAUUUAUGUUAAUUUUAUCAUGCUUAUUUUGUACUUUCCAUUUAUUUUAUCAUGUUUACUUAAUAUGUAAUGUUUAGCAAAAUGUAUGCACUCUUUUUGCCAAAGCCUUUGCAUUGUGCUUCUCUUUUACUUCUGUUAUUUGUCUGUGAUUGUAAAUAUGUACAAAUCAAUAUCUAUAUAUGAAUGUCCUUUGUAUUCCAAUCUGCAUUUAUUGAUACAUGAAUAAUAUUAUCGGUAUUUUAAAAUGUCGGUGGACAGUAUUCCUCACUGUGAUUCUACCAACUUUCCCGCUAUACAUAUUUAAUAAAUAAUUGUUCUAUAAA